AUUCUAUUAAAUGGGUACCAGAUGGUAGCAUUACUGGAGCUGAUAUUGGGUCAGAUCCACAGAGUUUGUUAUUUUCUUUUAGUAUGUCUAUAUCAUUAAAGUUAAAUAUCGGAGAUUCAGUGGUCAUCGUAAGCAGAGGCACAGAGAGCUAUAUUGUUAAAAUGCAAAGUGGCUUUUUUGGAAUAUUGGUAAAUGAAGGUGGAUCAACACCAGGAAUUUCAAGUAUACUUACAGCGCCAAUUGUUGAUUAUGGAGGAUCAUGGUUGACCAUUCCUAUACCAAUUCCAACAUCUGGUUAUGGACAAUUUCAAACGCCUAGCAACAGUGUAAAAAGUAAUGGAAGUGCAAUAAUCAAUGUUCAAACAUCAUCUUCAUCAUUAUCUUUGAUACUUUCUCUGCAAAAUGAUCCAUCAACAUUUUCUAACCAAAGAACAGGAUUGUUUACAACUAACAUAAGAACAUCAAACAAUUCAAGUUACAGUAUUGCAGGUAUCCUUGAGUUACAAGCUGGCCAACCUCUUUUCAUAUAUUUAUAUCUUACAUCACCAGGAAGCUAUUCCAUACAACCUGGGAGUCGAGUCUGUGUUGCUGCAGUUCAACAAGAGUAUGAAUCUUUUAAUGUUUAUCAAACAAAGAGUAACGAUUGGGUAGUUAUUGAGACAUGGUCUGAAAGUCAGAAGAGUGACUCAUUUGUUUUUACUGAAAAAUUAGUUUCUGGUAAGUAUACUGCUAUGGCAACAGGGAUCUAUUAUUUGUCUGCUAAUGUUAUUUUUAAAGACAGCAAUGGACCAAUUUAUAUUAUGAUAGCUGUCAAUAAUCAGUUAUCAAAACGAACUGCUUUAUAUGCAACAAAAGGAAAACCAUCAGUAGUUCAAAACAGUCUUAGUGUGUCUGGAGCCUUAUUUAUUAAAAAAGAUUCUUAUGUUAAUGUUUAUGUUAUGAUUGAAAAUGAUAACAGCUGGUCCAUAGAUAUUGAUUCAACUUUUUCAAUGGUGUUUCUUGGGUAUCAGACAAAUAUUUUUGGUGUAACAACAGUUCUCACAAAUACUUUAGCUUACACUACAUCUGGUUGGUUUGAGAUUGGAAAAUGGAAAUCUCAAAUUGCAGCAGGUCCAUUUUUUGAUUUUGGGGGAGGAUUUAAUCCAGAUACUGGAGAUUUUGUUGCUCCUAAAGCAGGUUUUUACAUUGUGAGUGCUGGAAUAAAAAUGGUUCAAGCAAGUGUAGUUGGUUGUACCUUUACUUUAAAUGUUGCUGUUAAUGGAACUCCAUCUACUUUACAAUAGCAAAAUGGAAUACAAGACUAUCUUCAAAAUGGUAAUGUUGCACUACAAAAUUUGGAACUGGAAGCAAGUGAGAACUGGAGGCAAGUGAGGA